CCACCUUAAAACCACGACAAGACGGGGUCAAAACAAUGCCAGUCCUCCACAGACCACUUCCGGCAGGCUGCGCGUGCAAACGGAAACGCCAAAGGUGAAACGGGAGACGCGGUACAACGUCACUUCCGCCUCAUUUCCGGAACCGACACGUUUUUGUUUUUGCCCCAGAUCGACGUGAGUCUGAAAACCUGGUCCGAGGGCCAUGCCUAAAGUCAAUAGAAGGAAGAAGUUUGACUACAACAAAGACAGGAAGAAACUCCGCAAACAGUUCAAGAAGAAGGAGGCUCCGAGAAUCGAGAACUCGCAGAUCCGACAUGCGUGGGACCACAACAAGUCGGUGUUCAGGAACAUGCAGGACAUGGGUCUGGCAGUGGAUCCCAACCGGACUCUUCCGAUUCAGAAGCAGGGAAUUCUUACUGCGGGGGGAGAAACAAAAGCUCCUAAAAGUAUUGUGACAAAGCCGUAUGUCCUGAACCAGCUGGAGGAGGAAGCAAGCCGGCCUGAAAAAGACCCCAAGACGUUAUCCACGGACCUGAUCGAAUACGUGCAGCACAUGAUCAGAGAACAUAAAGAAGACCACAAGGCCAUGGCCCGGGAUGAGAAGAACUACUACCAGGACACCCCCAAGCAGAUCAGAAGGAAGAUCAACGAGUACAAACGCUGCCAUCCACAGCACUACGCAGCUUUCCUGGAGUCCCUGGCGAGCCAGCCGCAGGUCAGCAGCUAACGCCGGCUAGCCUCCCGGCACAUGGAGGGGGAGAUGGUGGUGUGGACUCGGGGUUUCUGUGGCACUGGCGCCACCACGGGGUGUGUGAGGUCGGCUUGGCGGUCCAUUCAGAACACUGAGACCGAGAACAACAAACUGAACUCAGGAAGAAGGAAGUUGCCAAGUGGUCAUGGAGUUACUACACACCAGUGUGUGAAGAACACACACCAAUCACACGACAACAGCUCUCUUCUCUCUACCUGUUCAGACUUUUUUUUAUUAUUUCUAGUGGUUCUUGUUUGUUGAUCCCAUUAUCACCUACCUACCCGCCCUCUCUGUGGACUAUCAGUACCGGAUGUGGACGCAAGGGCUUUGUUUCAUAGUUUAGUAUACAGCUGAAAUACCUCAGCAUUCAGCUGGGGCAUUUUAAAUUGUUUUCUUCAGGUUUAAACACAUGUGGUCCCGUGACGCUGGGUAAUCUGUCAUGAAGUCUUUGCCGAUGUCCUGCGGUGACUUGUUGUGAUCACAGUAUUGAUCAGAUCUCAUUAUUGAUCUGAUCAGGGGACGAGAAGCUUCACACUCCUGCAACAUUGAUGUGUUCAGAGAACCCAGUUCAAAUGAGGAGCAGGUAUUGCCCUACCAGUGUGAUGCACGCACUUUGACUUGUGGAUGUUCACAAUGUGUGUACUGAUUACUACUACUACUCAGGUCCAACAGGGGGACGUGUAAGAGUGGAGGAAGGUGCGCACGGGUGGGCUAUGUCUUUUGCAGGAGGCGUGAUCUGAAAGGGAUUGGGGACUGCAAGGUGGUGACGGCAGAGCGUAGCUAGGUAGCAUCGUACUGUAGCAUGGCUUUGGAAAUCAAGAAGAAGAAGAGAGUGAACGUAGACAAUUUGUGUACUGAUUGUACAUGGAUAGAUUUCUCUGACUCCAUGUUGUGCAAGUCCUCUGUACAGUUUCUGUGAUCAGAACAUCUCACCAAAUGAACCUCGGUGUCGGUUGUAAUAAACUGGUGAC